AUGAUUCAUAGGUGCCCAUUGGAGUCGCCGUACAAGGUGAGGCCGCAGGACACGAAGGUGAAGAUGGACGUGGUCUGGCUCGAGGUGGACCUCGACACGUCCGCCAAGCGGCAGCAGGAGCACGCCAAGUGGUGGGCUGGCCUCGACGCCAGCGCGAGCGAGAGACUCAGGUCGAAGGAGCAGGCCAAGAUACCCGGGGCCCGCCAGGUGGACGGGGUGCGCCCGGCCGCCAGCGCCGGGCUCCCGGCGCCGAGCCGCCCGCAGGACGCCCGGCGCGCCUCGGCGCCCUCGCUGCGGGCGGCGCCGGCCCCGCGGGAGAGCGACAGGGACCGGGCGGACGCCCGCAGGAGGGCUGCCGUCGCCCUGGAGACCUCCGCGGCGGUGUUCCGCGAGCUCAGCGCGGUGCACGAGGACCUGCACCCCAUCCUCGGCUACGGGACGGACAAGGGCGCCGAGAAGUUCGUGGUCUGCCUUCAGGCGGCGCCGGACCACACGACGCUCCGCGGCCUGCGGUUCACGCCGCAGAGGUGCCACUGCGUCGUUGGCCAGGCCCUGAAGGCGCUGCAGCACCUCCACCAGCAGUCGCACGCCCACGGGCACCUGUCCCCGGAGAGCUUCCUCAUCGACGAGACCCCGUUGGGGCCACAGGUGCGGCUGGCGUGGACGCCGGGCCAGCGCCGCACGCACGGCGGGCGGACGCUCGCCACCAUCGGCUUCCGCGCGCCGGAGCGGGUCGCAGGCUUGCCUGGAGAUAUUUGGGCCUUGGCGAGCGUCAUUCUGACGUGGUGGCAGUCCUUCGGCCCGGUGCCCCACCCGUGGACCCAGUUCUCGAACUCCUGCGGGAAGCUCCAGCAGGAGAUCAACCAGGCGCUGUCCGAGCAGCCGCCGCAGAUGCCCCAGGCGCUGCUGGAGCUGCACGCCGCGGCCGCGACCGCGGAGGAGCCGGCGCACACGUUCCUCUCCCUCCUCGCGUCGCUGCUGACCAGGUGCUUCGUGUGGGAGCCCUCGAAGCGCCCGACGGUGGCCGAGCUCCUCGGGCACGCCUUCUUCGAGCAGGCGCUCUAA